GCCUCAACACACCCCCAAAUAUUAUAAGCCCAAAGUUCACGUUUAUUAAACCUGCCUGUUAAUAUUAGAGAGAGAUAUAUAGAUAUUUGUUGAUUUUUCAAAUCUACAUUUUAUAAAAUGGAAGAGAGCUACCGGAGGUGCGGUAAUGAGUUGACCCGGUCGAGUUCUGGUGCGUCAUCUUUAAGUGUUGCGAAUUCCAAACAUACUUUUUUGCAGACUGGAAAUGCUACCACGAUAUAUGUUAGAAGAAUUGCACGUGAAGACACUUCAGUUGGUGUAGAAAGGAAAGAAGGAGUGCAUAACUGCAUCGAUAGCACUGAAUUCCUAUUGAUGGAUGCAGCUGAAGCUGGGGACGAAGUUUUAGCAUGCCAGAACAAGGAGAUAACUAAAAUGCUUUUCGUCACCAUGGUUCAUAGAGCUGUCUACACAAGUGCUGUAGUUGAUGACAAGUACACAGGAUGGACAAAUGAGAAGCACAAUACAUUUCUGGACUGUCUUGAAGCAUCAUUUAUAAAGCAGUUGCAUAGAUCCAUGGCCUUGCGUGCUGGAUCUGUGGAACUGAACAAGAGCUGCAGCGAUUUGCCAGAAAAGUCAACUGCACAUGUCAACAAAGCUUCAGAGCAGGCAGACGUAUAUUUUGGGGAGGGGUCAUAUUUUCUACACCAAACACUGUUACCUUUUCUGCAUGAUGGCUGUUGGAAGAAGAUCAAGACUGUGAGGAAGCCACCUGUUGUGCACAUCGCAGCUAAUUCUCAUGAUAGCCUAAAAUUUCUACGCUGUGAUGGGGAUCAUCACGUUCUGGAUUGCCAAUUUUGUUGUGAACUCGAUUGCAAGGGGAAACGAACAAGAGAUGAGAGGUCUUCAUCUCGUGGACACGAAACAAGAUCACAGUUAAUCCUCCCCAAACCUGCAGAACUUCAGAAAACAGUUUGUAGACUUACUGAAGGUUCAGGUCAAAAUUUUGUGAAUGAAGAUUUUGACGAGAACUCGAGGUGCAAAAAGAUGAAGACAGCUUCGGUGGAAACUGCAGACCAAGAGCAGAUUGUUCCAACAAGGAAUAUGGGAGUUCAGGAGUUGCUAGUUCCAUGUUCCAGAGUAGCGACCAAGUAAACCUCGAAUUCAUUAGAAGACUGAGGCCAAUGUCUUGGUCCUCAAUGACUUUCUGAAAGGCAGCUAAGGGGUGGUGAAAAUGCUGGAGAAUAGGGACUCGCAAACACAAGGAGUUGGUAAUUUGUUGGUGCUUUCCUAAAGGAGGAUGGCGAAUUUGAGCUGGAUGAAAUCACACUUGUUGCAGAAAGUAGGAGUCUUAGCGUAUCAUUUUUUGGGUAAAAAUAUAGAGUAGGAAAAGGUCUAGCGUGCAUUUGCAUAGGGUUGCGAUAUAGCACUAAAGUUGUAAAUGACAUGUAGAUAGUUAUCUAUACAAGCGUAACUGUUUUGCAAGAAGAAAAAAACUAGAAAAUUAUCAUUUUAUUUACAGAUCUCUGUGGUCUGCCUAUAGAGCAAAUGUCUAUACAAUCUUUAGCUGGAGGACAUCAGUAGCUGAUUCUUUUUUUUUUUUUUUUUUUUUACUUU